AUGCCAGAGGAAUCCCAGAAGAGAAAGCGGGCCAAGACUGGCUGCUUGACCUGUCGUGCCCGUAAAGUCAAGUGCGACGAGACCCGGCCGCGGUGCAUCCACUGCGGAAACCUUGGGUUGGAGUGCCGCUGGCCCGAACCUACAAUCAAACGUUUCUGUCGUGUCUCAACGCCGUCUUGCAACACACAGGGCCCUCAAUCCAUCGCUACAGGAGGUCCCCGACUGUCUGCAUGCUUCUCUUGUCGUUAUGCCCGCUCGAAGUGCUCCAAAGAUCGACCGAUAUGCGCCCGCUGCCGUGCUCAAGGACACGAGUGCAAGUAUCCCGAGCCCCAGGGGUCCCACUCUCUCACAUCCUCGGCGCAGUCCUGGAUGAGGAGACUCCAAACGGCGGAGCUGGGCAACUCCGCCGAACUCUCGCGUUCAGGAGCCCUCACCAGCCUCACUAACUCACCAGAACCAGAGUCUACUCCAACACAUCCCGAGACUACUGAUGGUCAACGGCUGGCAAUGCGGCCAGUCGAUGCCAGUGCCCCAGAGACGUCUGAUAGGCUAGACGAUAUUGUCUCCGCUCCUUGUGGAAGCCAGUCAUCCCUACCACAAGCUUCAGCAGGUGCCAUCGUCACGCUGGGCCCGUGCAGGAGCAUUCUACCCAGCCAAGAUAAUAUUGAGCGUCUUGCUGUCGCUUUCUUCCGACACGUCCAUGUAUACCGGGCGAACGCCUUCCUGCAUAGGGAUCAGACUCUGAUGGCUAUUCGUGACGGCACACUCGGUACCCCGGUCGUCCUGGCCGUGUGUGCCGUCGGGGCGCGUUUCACCACUCCGCCCCAACCAGACGAUGUGGUCAUCAGCUGGGCCACCGAAGCGGCUAACUGGGUCACAACAGCGACCGAGGUCUCACGAAAUCACGUUGUGGUCGCUCUUUUGCUCGCUAUCUACAUGCAGCAAGCUGGUCGAUUUGCCCAAUCUCAUCUUUGGUCAUCCAUUGCCAAUAGCCACGCAGUAAGUCUGGGUCUUCAUCGCGAGCCCUCACCCGGCACCUCUUCUUUUGUUGAAAGUGAACGCGACAGGCGCCUGUUUUUCGCCUGCUAUGCCAUUGGCCGUUUUAUAUCCAAUGGAGCUCCAGAGACAAUUCAAUGCCCUGCGUCCCGUAUCAAAUUGCGGCUGCCAUGUGACGGCUUUAAUUAUCGCCACGACGUGAGCAUCGAGACGCCUUAUGCGACACUCGAGGCAGACGAGCCCGAGACCCCCGGCUCAAAAGGCAUGUAG